AGUAGAGCACAUCAGAGUGCAGGGUAUCUGAGAGCAGCAGAGCACAGAGAGGCAGGCACAUCCGCCGCUGGAGGGAUCAAAUCUGUACCAUCUGACGCUCAAGGAUUUAUGGGUUUAGUCAAAAUUGCUUUUCCCACUGUGCAGAUUAAGCACCGUAGGAUGUUUUCCACUCAGGCCGUAGAAUAGCCCAGUGUGCUGCUGUCGCCGCCGCUGCUUCUCUUGCUGUUUUUCUCCUUCUUAUCGGCUCAGGCGCUGGAGAAGGGAAUGUAUCAGAAAAGCAGAGUGCUCCGAACCCUGGAGGGGAGUGGAUUCUGAUUGACAGGAGAGGUCCGUCCUCUGGGGAAUGUGAACCAUGCAGGUGGAUGCGGCGUUUAUGCUCUUCUGUGUUUGGCUGGCGGGCGCAGCUGGGAAGAUGGUUCAGUCGAGAGGUCACAAGCUGGAAACCUACAAACAAAGCAGGUUGCGAAGAGACGCCAGGAUGGAUGGCGGAGGAGGUCACAAAACUGGAAGCCCAAUUUACAAGCGAAGCCCAGACAUGACAAAAUCUCUGAUGACAAAAUCUGAACAGCUCCUGAGAAUAGACGAUCACGAUUUCACCAUGAGGCCAGCGUUUGGAGGUCCUCCAAUUCCUGUUGGUGUAGAUGUUCAGGUUGAAAGUCUGGAUACCAUCUCAGAGGUGGACAUGGACUUUACCAUGACGCUGUACCUGCGUCAUUACUGGAAGGACGAGCGGCUUUCCUUUCCAAGCAACAACAACCAGAGCAUGACCUUUGACAGUCGCCUGGUGAAGAAAAUUUGGGUUCCUGACAUGUUCUUUGUUCACUCUAAGCGCUCUUUCAUCCACGACACCACCACCGACAACGUCAUGCUGAGGGUAUAUCCUGACGGCAAUGUGCUCUACAGUCUCAGAGUCACAGUCACUGCUAUGUGCAACAUGGAUCUCAGCCGCUUUCCCCUGGACACCCAAACCUGCUCGCUGGAGAUUGAGAGCUAUGCGUACACAGAUGACGACCUGAUGCUUUACUGGAAGAAAGGAAACGAAUCCCUGAACACAGACGACAGAAUAUCUCUGUCCCAGUUCCUCAUCCAGAAAUUUCACACCACCACCAAGCUGGCUUUCUACAGCAGCACAGGCUGGUACAAUCGUUUGUACAUCCACUUCACCCUGCGGCGCCACAUAUUCUUCUUCCUGCUGCAGACUUACUUCCCUGCUACUCUCAUGGUUAUGCUCUCCUGGGUGUCGUUCUGGAUUGACCGAAGGGCUGUCCCCGCCAGGGUACCACUAGGCAUCACCACCGUGCUGACCAUGUCCACCAUCAUCACCGGGGUCAAUGCUUCCAUGCCUCGGGUCUCCUACAUCAAAGCUGUGGACAUUUACCUCUGGGUCAGUUUUGUCUUUGUCUUCCUUUCGGUGAUAGAGUACGCAGCGGUGAACUACCUCUCCACCGUACAGGAGAGGAAAGAGAGGAAGCUGAGGGAGAGACUUCCAUGUACAUGCGGCAUUGGCAACCCUGAUGAAAUGAUGAUCGACCCCCAGAUCACUGGAUAUGGGUCCACAGAUGUCAACAUCACAGGAAAUUAUGGGUUGCCAGAAAACGGGGGCCGCCAGGAACGAAUUUUGGCCCAAGUGGCACUGAACGACCCACAGAUCACAGGCCAGGUGAAGGCAUCUAGAGGCUACGUGAACAUCUGGAUAGACACCCAUGCCAUAGACAAGUACUCAAGGGUCGUCUUUCCUGGAGCCUACAUCCUUUUUAACAUCAUCUACUGGUCCAUCUACUUGUAA